AGCCACAGGCAGAAAAGUGUCCUCCCGCUGUAGCGAGCCAUCCUCACUGACCCCUCCAUUUGUUUGACUUCAAUUCAACGGACACAUUUGCACCUGCGGAUGAAUACAUCUAUUAACGGACUUUAAGCAUAGACAUGCACUCAAGCCAAUUUCCUGGCCCGAACGCUAACGGAGUAACAUCAUUGUUUUGAACACUGGGUCUGGUUUCUUCUGUUUGACUCUACGGUCUGCCGAGAAGGAUGUGCUAACGUUACGCCUGGGAAAAGGACAGCGCCUUGUUUGCGGUUUCCCGGUUAGCUGGGCUCGCUAAGUUAGCUAGCUCUCCGGCUGCCACGAAGUUAGCGAUGUCCGUGGAUCAUGCAGGAACUGGCGGCAUUUGCAACGCCGUUGGGAGAUCUCGUAUGAAUAACUAGCAUUAACCAAAACGUUAGUUGUUUGAAGCUAUUGCAGUAUUGAGAGCACACAGAUUUGGUUUUCUUUCUCAUAUUAGGUGUGCUUUACAACAGUCCAAGCUGUUUUAGAUAAACGGUCGGAAAGGAGAAACAACUCAGUCGGCAGGACAAUAGUAAGGAGGGAAUUACGCUAGUUUGUCAACUAGAACGUCAACGCUACAGUGAAAAUCCCUCUGGUCAGGCAAGGCUGUGUUCUUAGCCAAGGGUAGCUAACAAACUGACAUCGCGUAACGUUGGUGUUACAGGCUAGCUAACAGUAACCUCGUUUUUAGUGUGUGAGUUGCUUAAUUAACUGUUUGAGGCACCCGUGUGAGUGACACUUUUUUUCUGGCUUGCUAGUUUGACGGUAGGUGAGUUGAUUUGACAGCACAGGAAUAACUUAGAGAAUUAUUUGGCGAACUCGAGGUUGGGAGUCGCGGGUCUCUGUCCUUGUUUGUGGACACACACCCAUGCGCCCGGCGGACCAACGACUGUAGCCAGCUCUCUCAAGACCACCCGACUCACGCCAACUUCAGAGCUCCCGAAAAGGGUCAAACAAUGACGACGAAACCCGACACGGCGAUCGAUUACAUCCAAGGGGAUGAUGUGCUGGAGCGUGUUCUGGUGGGCGGUUGCGACCCGUCGGACCCCGAGGUGCAGCAGCGUCUGGAGGGUGAGCGUGAGCGCAUGCGGCGCGAGAUCCGCCGCGAGCUCAAGAUCAAAGAGGCCGCCGAGAGGCUACGCCGCGCCACCACCGACCGCAAGCAGCAGCAGCAGGUGGACAGUCAGCUGCGCACCUCUAACCGAAGGCUCAGUGAACUCCAUGAACAGCUGCAGGAGCUGGACGCCUACAUCGUAGCCAAGGGCAACGACGACACCAGAGAGGACCCCCCCCAAUCCCCCGGUGCGGAGCGGCGGGCCACGGCUCACGAGGAGCGCAUCGCCGCUCUGGAGCGCCAGCUCAACAUCGAGCUCAAGGUCAAACAGGGCGCAGAGAACAUGAUCCCCAUCACCAAGGAUAAGAAGCUGCUUCAGACAGCCCAGCAGAUGCUUCAGGACAGUAAGACCAAGAUUGACAUCAUCCGCAUGCAGAUCCGCAAGGCCAUGCAGGCCACGGAGCAGACCGACGACACGCAAGGUAAGCCAGACCCGUGUGGGGUGGAGUUGCGGCUGGAGGAGCUCCGGCAUCACUACCGGGUGGAGCACGCCGUUGCCGAGGGAGCCAAGAACGCUCUCAGACUGCUGGGGGCCAGCAAGGUGCACGACAAGAAGGCCAUGUCCGAGGCCCAGUGUCGUCUGAGUGAGUCUCAGCAGCGUCUGGACCUGCUGCACUUGUCUCUGGAGCAGCGUCUGUCCGAGCUCCCCGCCGACCACCCCAAAGCCUGCCUCAUCCGCGACGAGCUGCUGCUGACCGCGCGGCCCGCCGCACCCUACACACACACCAAGUACAGCACCCUCAGCAAGCCUUCACCACUCACAGGUACUCUUCACGUGACCCUGCUUGGCUGUGUGGGCGUGUUGGAGGCGGUUCCAGGGCGUUGCCGGGGAACGGCGGUCGUGUUGCCGUGCUACAGUCCCGGAGAGGGGCGGUCCUUCAUGAGAGGAGGGCGGAGCCUAUAUGCUAGGAGCGGAAGUGUCAGCGGCAAAACACCCUGCAAGGCCGACGAGCUCUCGACGGAGGUGAGUGCUGUUUUAAAGCUGGAUAACUGCGUGGUGGGCCAGACUGCAUGGAAGACGGUGGGAGAGCAGGCAUGGGACCAGACCUUCACGGUGGAGCUGGAGAGGUCCAGGGAGAUGGAGAUCGCUGUGUACUGGAAGGACUACCGUUCUCUCUGUGCGCUGAAGUUCCUGAAGCUGGAGGAUUUCCUGGACAACCAGAAACACAGAGUCCAGCUGGAGCUGGAACCACAGGGGCUACUACUGGCCGAGGUGACCUUCUUUAACCCCGUGAUUGAGCGCGUUCCUCGUCUGAAGAGGCAGAAGAAGGUCUUCUCCAAACAGCAGGGUAAAGCGUUUUUGCGAGCGCGGCAGAUGAACGUGGACAUCGGGACCUGGGUCCGUCUGCUGAGGAACGCCAUCCCCACCGUUAACAGCACCGGCACCUACAGCCCCAACGCACACAACCUGCCCUCAGGGGAGAUCUCGGUGGAGAAGUUGAGUCUGGACUGUGACUCUCCUCUGAGGUUUGAGUUCAGGAGAGACAUGGUGGACACUGCCACGCCGGAGCGGCUACCUGUAUCUGAGUCCUUCUCUAGUCCUGACGUCACUCCAGAACGCCACAGCAGAACCGUCUCCAGUAAGCAAAAGAAGGCUCCUUUGUCUCUUGAGGACUUCAGACUCAUCGCUGUCCUUGGAAGGGGACACUUUGGGAAGGUGUUGCUGGGAGAGUAUAAGAAGUCAAACACGAUGUACGCCAUCAAGGCCCUGAAGAAAGGAGACAUCAUGGCCAGAGACGAGGUGGACAGUUUGAUGUGUGAGAAGCGGAUCUUUGAGACGGUGAAUAACUCCCGGCACCCGUUCCUGGUGAACCUGUUUGCGUGUUUCCAGACGCCGGAGCACGUGUGUUUCGUCAUGGAGUACACGGCCGGGGGCGACCUCAUGAUGCACAUACACACCGACGUCUUCACCGAGCCACGCGCUGUGUUUUACGCUGCCUGUGUGGUUCUCGGCUUGCAGUUUCUCCACGAUCAUAAGAUUGUGUAUCGAGAUCUGAAGCUGGACAACCUUCUGCUGGACACUGACGGCUACGUCAAAAUCGCAGACUUUGGCCUCUGCAAAGAGGGUAUGGGUUUCGGGGACCGCACCGGCACGUUCUGUGGCACUCCGGAGUUCCUGGCCCCCGAGGUGCUGACGGACACGUCCUACACACGAGCAGUGGACUGGUGGGGUCUGGGCGUGCUCAUCUACGAGAUGCUGGUGGGAGAGUCUCCAUUCCCUGGUGAUGAUGAGGAGGAGGUGUUCGACAGCAUAGUGAAUGAUGAAGUCCGUUACCCACGAUUCCUCUCCAGCGAAGCCAUCGGGAUCAUGAGACGGUUGCUGCGUAGAAACCCUGAUCGUCGCCUGGGCUCCAGUGACAAGGACGCAGAGGAAGUGAAGAAGCAGCCUUUCUUCAGGAACAUCGACUGGGAGGCGUUGCUGUUGCGGAAGGUCCCUCCCCCCUUCCUGCCGUGCAUCGUGGGUAAGGAGGACGUCAGCAACUUUGACGAGGAGUUCACCUCCGAGGCGCCUGCCCUGACGCCGCCCCGCGAGCCCCGCCCCCUCUCCCGCAAGGACCAGGACAGCUUCAAGGACUUCGACUACGUCUCCGACCUCUGCUGAGGUGGGACGCCAGUGACCACGGCCACCUGCGGACGCCAGUGACCACGGCCCCAGCUGCAGUCACGCUGUGGUCAGCUGAUGGAGGGGAGACGGACUGGUGGUCAUUUUCUCCACUGUGACUACACACUAAACCAUGAAGAUGAGGAGGAUGAAACGAACGAAUGAACGAAUGAACGAAUGAACGAACGAACGAAUGAACGAAUGAAUGAAUGA